AUGAAUAUGACAGUUAAGCUAAUCAGAAAAUCAAAGAAAUAGUAUAUACACUCUCUUAAACAUGGUAAUGAAAGUAAUAAGGAAUAAAGUGGACUUUAAUAGUUACCCAAUGAAUCAUUUUAAUCUAAAUAAAAUGUUGAAAACUUAGUAUAUGAUAACGACUCAUCCCUAUAGAGUAGUUCAUACAAUAAUUCAGUUGGUGAUAUAACUGAAAAUUUUGAAAGCGUUUAUUCGCAUAAAUUGAUGAAUAAAAAUCAUUAACAGAUAACCAAAGCCUCCAAUGACUCAAAAAACAAAUAAAUACGCUAUACUGUUAAAAGGGAGAAGGAUAUGAAACGAAAAAAAUAAAAGAAUAGAGGAAAAUAAUUUUCUUAAGAAGAAGAUUAAAGAUUAUUGAACUACAUAUUGAAGAAGGGACCUAAGUUCCACAAGUUUGCUAGAUACUUUCCAGGAAAAUCAACAAAUAUGUUAAAAAAUAGAUAUUAUAAAUCACUAAGAUUUGAAUGGGAUCAAGUACUUGGAAGUUAAUAUUCAUACAUGAAUGCCCCAUCUGAAGAAAUCACACCAAUCAUAUAAUAAGAAUCCCCCGUAUUCAUGUUUGAUGAAUUAAUUUAACUGAGAUUAUUUCCAGAAGCUGAAGACUUAAUGUCCAAUUUUAUUGGUAACCUAUCCUAAACAUUUAAUGAUCUUCACAGCAGUUUUCCAUCAGAGGAUUAUUGA